AUGGUCUGGCCGUGGCCACAAACUGUGGUUAAAGGAAAAUUCACAAAGGAAAUUAUCAUUUUUGUGUGGAAACACGAAGCAAAAAAUAUUUUCAAGAUGGCGAUGUUGGCUGAAGCGAGGUCAAGACAAAAAUGGAGUGAAGAUCCGCGAAAUACGAAGUGGAGUAGCGGUAAUGUUUAUUGGUUUAAUACAGUAAUUUAUGUUGAAUAAUGUCGGUAUUUACUUGGCGACGGAGGAGUGGUGAUAACUUUUCUAUACUAUAUUUUAAGAUACCACGUGUCACUAGACAGUCUAGACUAGACUAGUAUAGUCUAUAUGAAGCUCUCAAAGCGUUUCUACAUUUUUUUUAGAAAACAUGGUUUUGGUGCUUGUAUUGCGAGCAGACUGUAUUUGAAGCUUUGAAUGAAUGUUAAAAUUUACAUCUGGUUAACUGUAUUUAAUAUGGAACAGCCUAGAUUGCGAAUUCCAUAGUGUAUUUCCACAACGAAUAUUUCAAAUGGUUGUGUAAUACACACUCAUAAGGGGGUCUGAAUGGGGGGUUGUGCAUGUCAGUUGUCAGUUAAAAUUUAGCUUGUUUGUCAGCUAUCAGUUAAUAUUUUGGCGUGUCAGUUAAACACAGUUAAUAAUUAACUUGCCAAAUUCUGUUUGGGUAAUUAGUCGUUUUUCUGACUUUCACGAAUUUUAUGUGUUUUAUGGCGAUUAAUUCGAUCUUUUAUUCAGAUUUCUAAUUUGCUCCUGAUCAAAGAGUCACCGAAGUAUAGAAAAAAGUCCAAUCAAACUUCAAUUGUCAGUUAACAGUAAAGUUUUACUUGUCAGUAAACAGUUAAAAAAAUCGUUAUUUGUCAGUUAACAGUUAUGUUUAAGGCCGUUUGUCAGUUGUCAGUUAACCCCAUUCAGACCCUCUCAUAAGGCCGAAAAUUACAAAACAACAAAUUUCUAAAAUUUAACCCAUUGAGCUCUGGUGAGAGCCUGUUGACAAGUAAAUUGUCUGGUGUUGAACAGAGUUAAAUGGGUCGUUCCAGAAAAGAUCCAUAAUCCCCCCACAGAGGAAAUUUUUGCCGUCCGGAGGGGGAGGGGAGAAAAAAUUGUUUCUGAUAAUAGUAAAUGUAUUAGGACAUCCAAAGGGGGUAGGGGGGUUAACUUCCUAUUUCCUCUGUUGGGGUGGUAUGGAUGUUUUCUGGAAUGACCCAAUAUCGAAUUAUGCCACAUUUGGACAUAUUGCAGCUUAAUGGGUUAAGCUGCUGCAAUAAUGGGUUAUAUGUAACCUGCGAUCAGGCCUAUAAAUAAAUAAAUACGCCUGAUACAAAUCUUAACAAAAGUCCAUGUUUUUUACAACCGUAUUUCGGUUCAUUAUCAGGUUAAUUGUAAGUAUACAGAAAACAUCACAAGUGCAUGUUUCAAGGUCUCUAUUCAAUCUUAACGCUUGUUGCUAAAUUAUUUCCAGACAAGGAGCGUUAUGGAUACCAAAUGUUGGAGAAGAUGGGUUGGGCUGAUGGAAAAGGAUUGGGAAAACACAAAAGUGGAAGCACGUCUCAUGUGAAGAUCAAGAAACGCAAACAAAACCUCGGUAUAUAUACAAAAUGGGUCAUUUCACAAAACAUCCACAUCUCCCCCAUAGAAGAAAUUGAAAGUUAAACCCUCCUCCACCCCGCCCAAGGAUGAAUCUGGCCUGAUUUGAGUGGAGGUUUUGAGUGGAGGUUUUCCAGGGUUGGGUGCAUUACUACGGGGGUCCGGGGGCAUUCUCCCCCAGAAAGUCUUGUCACCAUAGUUCUUGUAUCUCGGGCAAAAAUAAAAAGAAAGUGCUACAUUUUACUGUAUGGUAACCCACAUUAUAGAUUUCUGAUUCAUGUUUUUUCCAAAAGGUUUGGGUGCGAAGGAAAGUCAUGACAAUGACUGGAUUGCCCAACAAGCAGAUUUUAAUAAUCUGUUAUCAGCGCUACAAGAACAUAGUGGGAAUGCAGGUUAAUUAACUUAAUGUAAUUUUACAGUAAUUCUAAAUAAAAUUAGUUUAGUUUAGGUUUCCUCCUGUAGUAACACUGCAUCAAUAAGAGAUGAUCCUUACGAGAACAAACAGAACUGAUAGAACUAUCCAGUAUAAAUAAAGUUAGUUUAGUUCUGGUUUCCUCCUGUAGUAACACUGGAUCAAUAAGAGAUGAUCCUUACUGGACCUCUAGGAAGAACAGUUUAGAACUGAUAGAGCUAUCCAGUAUAAAUAAAGUUAGUUUAGUUCUGGUUUCCUCCUGUAGUAACACUGGAUCAAUAAGAGAUGAUCCUUACUGGACCUCUAGGAAGAACAGUUUAGAACUGAUAGAGCUAUCCAGUAUAAAUAAAGUCAGCUUACAUAAAGUUUUCUUUGUGGUUAAAGAAUUACGAAGUGAAGAACAAAACAAAAAAGCGAUGCUUGAGGUUGCAAAGGCAUCUCGGAAACGCGUAUUGUAAGUAGAAUUUAGUUCCAACAAAUUUUGUCAUAUUGAGUUUUUGGACACUCUCUGGUUUAAAAUAUUUAGUAAUUUCUCAAGCUUUCGACUGCCAGACAGCAGUCUUCGUUGGCUUGUGAAAUUAAUAAAUAUUUCAAACGAGAAAUCAUCCGAAAACUCGAUAUGAAUAGUCCUGGUUUCACCUCAAACAUUUUAAAAUUUUGUUGUCUUGGAUUGUUUGCAAAGUAUACCUCAAACACAGGGACAUGAACUCACAUACUGUAUUUAUUUAGCUACAAGAGGUUUAUAAGAAGCAAGGAUACUUCACAAUAUUCUCAAAAGGACAUGGCUUGUAUUUUUGGUAACGUGCCAAGUCAAUCGGCACCCACCACACCAUUAGAUCAGUCAGAGUCAGACGUAAGUUAUGUUUUUAUACAGUAUAGUCAGUGUUCUUUACAGACGAGCUACCGAUUACGGCAAUCAGAAUUUUGUGGAAUAUUAUGAAAUUGAUGUAUGCAUGAUUUAGGACUUGGAAACACCAAAUCUAAUUUGCCAGCACAAUGCAUUAUGUAUUUUUAAUUUUGAAAAACAAAUAAAGUUAUUCACAGCACAGAUUUUAAUUUGCUUGUUGAAAUAAUCUAAUGAUGAGCAAACAGCACAUUAUGGCAUACAUGGCCGAUAACAAUUCUCGGUGAAUUAACGCCAAUACCGAGGAAUUAUCGGCAAUACCGAAUAAUCACUUCAUCUGUAUUUUAGGAUGAAGUUGCGUCCGAGGACAGCACGGCCUCCUGUCCCACAAUUCCGUGCGACUCAACUUCCGGGUUUGUUACAUACACAAGCAAACAAAGUAUUCAGGAAUAUUUUGCUUGCCGUAUGAAGGAACUUCAGAAUGGUAAAGGGAUUGAGAGGAGUAAUGAGGGUGACAAGGGGGUAAAUGGUGGGGAAAGAAAGGUGGCAAGUGGUGAAGUGAAUGAGAAAUGGACAAAGAAGGGUAGAAAGAAAUCGAAACGAAGUAAUGAGGAAGGAAUUUGGGAAUUGGAAAAUGAGAAGAAAUUAAAUGAUAAAGAGGUUCUAUCUAAAAGCAGUAAAGUCCAGACAAAGAAGAGUAAAAAACGAAGAACAAAGGACGAUUCUGAAACAAUUGCAAAUGGAAUGGAACGUGUAAGUGAAGAAAUUGAAAAGUGUGAUGAAGACGUUUCCCGUGAGGGAGGUAAAGUCAAGACAAAGAAAUGUAAAAAACGAAGAACAAAGGAUGAUUCUGAAACAAUUGCAAAUGGAAUGGAAAGUAUAAGUGAAGAAAUUGAAAAGUGUGAUGAAGACGUUUCCCGUGAGAGAGAUAAAGUCAAGACAAAGAAAUGUAAAAAACGAAGAACAAAGGAUGAUUCUGAAACAAUUGCAAAUGGAAUGGAAAGUAUAAGUGAAGAAAUUGAAAAGUGUGAUGAAGACGUUUCCCGUGAGAGAGAUAAAGUCAAGACAAAGAAAUGUAAAAAACGAAGAACAAAGGAUGAUUCUGAAACAAUUGCAAAUGGAAUGGAAAGUAUAAGUGAAGAAAUUGAAAAGUGUGAUGAAGACGUUUCCCGUGAGAGAGAUAAAGUCAAGACAAAGAAAUGUAAAAAACGAAGAACAAAGGAUGAUUCUGAAACAAUUGCAAAUGGAAUGGAAAGUAUAAGUGAAGAAAUUGAAAAGUGUGAUGAAGACGUUUCCCGUGAGAGAGAUAAAGUCAAGACAAAGAAAUGUAAAAAACGAAGAACAAAGGAUGAUUCUGAAACAAUUGCAAAUGGAAUGGAAAGUAUAAGUGAAGAAAUUGAAAAGUGUGAUGAAGACGUUUCCCGUGAGAGAGAUAAAGUCAAGACAAAGAAAU